ACUCAAGAUGGGCGUUUAUUGAAAUGUUCAGUCACAGAAUCAGGAUUUGUGCAAUAAUUCCCACUCAUUGGUGAGAAUUGUCGAUUUUUCGCAACAUGGGAUUUUUUUCAAAAGUCUCCUGGUUCCCUGGGCUUAUGCAGAAAAUUCUCUAUAAAGGCUUGGCCACACUUUUUUUUCUUCCCAUUUCUUCUGCUUCUUCCGCUUUCUCACUGUGUCCGAGUUCACUUACCCAACGCUCGCACUUUCAUCCACACUGGACUACUUUUCUUGUAUUAGAACUACUUCGCAUCUCCAAACUUCGUCUAUGGAGAGUGUUUGUAAGCAAACCGUCUUAUCAACCGAUGCCAACGUCGAGGAAACCACCAUGGCUUUCAAUAGCUUAAACAUCACACCAGAAGAAGAAAACCCUGGAAUGACACCCGAUACGGAGUCACCAGAGUCGUUACCGCCCACUCCACCAGGCUCGCCUUCUUACGCUACGCCCAUUUAUUCCGCUCUGCUCCGUCGUCGUAUCGACUCGCUAAGAGACGUGCCUGAGCUGAUUCACCCACCUAUUCGCCUACCCAAAGCCUUCUCUUUGGUACCCAACACAGAAUGUUUGCGAGUUUUACUGGUGGAUGACAACGAUGUCAAUCUACGCAUCCUAGAACGACUGUUGAAGAAACACCUCAGUCAUAUCAUUCACACCGUGCAUGUCGCUCAAGGAGCCGACCAAGCACUGCAACUAUUGUCCACAAUCAAGUUUGACUUGGUGAUGAUGGAUAUUGAAAUGCCUGGUAUGAGUGGAGUGGAAGCUGCUGCUCGGAUAAGAGCUGGUAUGGCCGGUGAGCGACACCGGCUCAUUCCGAUAGUGGCCGUUACCACCAAAUAUUCUCCUUACUGGCGAAGCUUGUAUUUAGAGAAUGGCAUGAAUGGCUGCAUCUCCAAACCCAUCGUAUUGGAUACCUUGCUCGAUACUGUGAAUGACAUUCUAUGUCGAGACAGCAUUGAGUCUUUACUCUCUCCCACGUUAUCCGACGUUGCGCCGCUGGUCACCACAUAAGCCAUCCAAAGAACAGGAAAAAAAAACCAAACCAAACCAAAACAAAAUAGAAAGAAUUGUGUAUAUACUGCCAUCGCAUCUCAUCCCCAAAAUCUUUUCAUCAACACGACCUUGUCCCCUCCUCCUUUUCCUCCCCCCUUACUCUCCUGUAAAUACCAUCGUCACAAUCUUUGUAUAACUGUAACUCUUCAAUCCUCCUGUUACCCCAACCAUAAUUUAACUCUAUGCCAUCCAUGGCGGGUGCGUAGUUGAAGAUACCAAUACAUUAUUAAUAAGCUAUGAAAUUAAAUUUUUGUCAAUUUACCAUCACCA